GUCACAGCAACUGGUAUAAAUAACAACAGUUUGUGUUUGACCGUAAGCGCAGACAGUUUUCUACCAGCAAGAAUAAUAACACGCAACCUGUAAUGAUGGACGUGGAUGCUGCCACCAUUCCAAACAAAACAAACCCAGAUUCCCCAAAGACCAUCAACCCAUCCAGGAAGGUUCUAUCAUGUCGGGAAGCAAAGCUCAUACUGGGGGUACUAGAUGAGUGCAUUCAUCAGAUGGAGACAGCUGCUCUUCUUUCCACUUUGCUGAAGUCUCCAGAAGCACUUUCCCCGAGCCUGGAAGAGGAGGUGGUGAACGCCCUGAAAGAGCAUCAGAAGCUUGAGGAAAAGUACCAAUCUAUAGCUCUUGGUGGAAGUCCUGAUCAAAAUGAACUGCUAGAAGAAAAAGCCAAAUCAGUUAAAUUAGUACAGGACUCCUUUCGUAAGAUCAUCCGGCUGCUUAGGGAAACUCCAACCACAAAGGUAGUGCUAAAACGGCCAAAACCAAACACAACAGGAGAGAUGGGGUCUCAGAAAAUUAGAAAUGGCCUAUGCGAAUUGAGGGAGGUUGUUUUGGAGAGGCUGCUCACAACCCCUGCAGAGGAGAGAGAAAGCAGAAAGAUGAUGCUGGAGGUCAGUCAGCGUCACUCUGCCAACCAGAAGCUCAUCGAGUCAUUGGAAAAAGAGGUUGCCGAGGCAAAUAAAAACAAGGAUGCAGAGAUCUCCACUUUGAAUAAUAAAGUGCUUCAGUUGAGGCGCUCACUGCAUCAGAUGGGAAAAGGGUUGGAAGAGUUUGUGGUGCGAACUCAACAGGACGCCGAGAAACAGAGUCAUUCAGACAGGAAGACGUCAGAUGGGAAGAGAGCUCGCAUGCAGCAGGAGGCAAGUCAACUAAGAACUCAGCUUAAUAAUGCGAUCACAGCCAGCAGAGAGAGAGAACAGGAUCUACGAAAGAAAAAAUACAAGGAGGAAACAGAGAUUGAGAACUUGAUCCAGAAAUAUGAUGCUGAAAUUGGAGAGAAACAGACAGAGUUGGAGGAAAUGACACGGAUGCAUGACGAAGAUCAAAUGGAGCUGACAGAGCUGGAGAAGCGCUUUGACACUCUGGACCUGGAGUACUCACAGAUAAUGGAGGAGCGACAAGAGGCUGAGGAGCUGAGGGAACAGCGGGAAAGAGAAAGGCAGAUACAGAGUCAAGCUGCCACUGUCAUUCAGGCCUACUGGAGGGGCUUUUGUGUGCGCAAGGCCAAGAAGGCAAGCGCUAAGCCCAAGAAAGGAAAGAAAGGAAAGGGGAAAAAAGGGAAGUGAAAAAGA